GCUUUCUCUGGCAGACAGAGCGUAGGUGUUCAGCGAAACAGUCUCCCAGUCUGCGUCGGGUCUCGCCAAUAUAUAGAAGGCGACAUCGGGAGCACCGGACGCAGUAUAUCACCCCAGCUGACUCACAGAUAAUUCAUUGGAUAAAAAGCUGCUGAUGAAAGUAGGAAUUGUUUUAAUUAUAACCGGGCAUUUGGACUUCAUACUAGGAGCGAUUGUCCAUGGAACAGUCCUGCGCCACGUCACCUUGCCAGGAAAUGGUCUAUCUGUUGAGUAUUCUGUGACCAACGUUUUUGUCGCAAUCUCAGGAAUACUGACAAUUUGUACUGGAAUUGCAGUGAUUGUGUUAUCUGGGAACUUGAGUCAAACAGUCCUGAAGUUCAUCGUGGUUGCGAGUAGUAUGUUCAAUUCACUCAUCGCCAUAGCCUGUGUGCUCGGUUUGGGUGUCUCUGUGGUGCUGACCAUUGCAAAUGGUGGAAGAACAUUGCUGGCAGCCUGUCGUCUCAGUUCCAUCAAGGAUGUUAUACAAGUAACGAAUGAGUGUCCAUUUGACCCAACACGAAUCUUUGAUACCACGCUGGCAAUGUGGAUUCCAUGUCUGGUACUGACUGCUCUGGAGGCUUUCCUAUCAAUUAGAUGUUUUUUUAUCUCGUUGACCUUAUUGAGAAUCAAGAAGCAGCAACAUAAACAGGUCAUUCGCAAACCUUUGGAAGAGAUUCAGGAAGUUGGUGAAAAUGAUGAACUUUUGGAAGACACUAGAGUGAAGUUCUGGGUGUGACUGCAGUCCAUCUUGGUGAAUAAUAAGCAACUGCAGUGAAAAGUGAACAUUCUUGAAAUAAAGGACAAUUACAAGAAAGCAGGGAUUGACGGGCACUGAUGCUUCCUCUAAUGAACACUGGAUUUUUUUUUUCUAGAUUAUAAAGUGUCACAAUAUCUUUGCAGAGACAUUUCACUGAAACACUUUUUGGUAUUUUUGGAUUGCAUUUGAGAUACCAAGUCAUUUGAACUGUAUUAAUGAAAGAUUAUUCACUUCUAUGUAUCAAGUCAUUCUGAUCUUUGGACACUCUGGCUGAAAAGCUGGGGUGUGGGAUAUACAGUAUAUUCAGUACUAACUUCUAAAAUGCAGUGGAACAUAUAACUAAAACAAGUUUUCAGUGUUGAGGACAGGCAGGGCAGAGGGAUAUAAAUGAAUAUUUCCUUUAAAGAGCUAGCACACAACGAUGGACUGAAUGAUCUUCCAUUCUAUAUGGUUCUAAUAUCCAGGAUGUACUUCUUACAGAGCACAAUGUACACUUUUCAGAGCCCGACAUCGUAAAUGGCCUGAAAUGUCGACCGUUUAUUUAUUUCCAUAGAUGCCGCCUGACCUGCUGCGUUCUUCCAGUAUUUCCUGUGUGACAUUUGUACAGGGAUGUCUUUAAGCACAUUAGAGCUUUCCACCAAUACAUUGGGUCACACUCCAAGGAAAUUCUGAAUGCAAAUUUGAUGUGUAUUGAUAACAAGCAAAUUACUGUUGUGUGUUAUCACUAGAUUAGAGGCUUGAUAACCAUUCAAAAAGGUAAAGAAUAUCUGAUAACUUCAUAUUUAAACAACACAAUGUUUAUCAGCAAAAGUGGUGAAUAAAUUGGACACAUUUAAUUUAUCGGACAGGCUUUUAAAUUGUUUUGUAAACUAUACUCUGUGGUCUUUAUGUUCUUUAUUCCUAUCCAAAGAUGCUGCCUGCCCUUCUGAGUUCCUCCAGUAUUUUGUGUGUGUGUUAUUCUACAGUGUUUUCUGCUUUUUUUUAUGAUAAAAUGCUGACCAUCCCAGUCGUAAUUUAAUGGAUUUAAAGUCCCAAUUUAAACAGCGCGCGCAGCCACUUCGGUGAUGAAUAUCUGUUAUCUGUCAAGUAGGGGACCGUGCACAAUUCUGAUUUGAUGGAGACGGACGUGAGAGUACGGAGGAACAUCUGGAAAACUUCUGAAAUGCCUGCUCCGCUGCCUCUGCUACUGUGUGAAUCUCCGGAGCAGAAGGCCCCGAAAUCUUCGGCUUUGCCUGUUUCAGCGGCCGGGGAAAGGUCGAAGGCGUUCGGCAGAGGACGGCGCUCAGGAGGCUAUAUUGGAGAGGCUGGUCGGAAGCUCGGAGUUUUCGGAUGGAUGGACUCAGUGUCAGCUGGGGUCGGCUGCUUCCAAGGCAUCGGCAAGUUGACGGUGCCUGGAGGUUUAUGGCAGGGAGUUUCUCCCUUUUGCCGCCUGCUAUCGGGGACUCGGGAGUCGAUCGACUCGGGACUUUGAGACUUUUUUUUACUGUGCCCAUGGUCUGUUCUUUAUCAAAUUGUGGUAUUGCUUUGCACUGCUGUAACUAUAUAUUAUAACUAUGUGGUUCUGUCAGUGUUGGUCUUUGGUCUGUCUUGUUUUCUGUGAUAUCACUCCGGAGAAACAUUGAAUCAUUUCUUAAUGCAUGUAUGCAUUUCUAAAUGACAAUAAAAGAGAACUGAGUGUUCUCAUAAUCUAAUCUAAUCCAAUCAAAUUCUUUCUGCUGGGAGAAGACAUUCUGAGGAGGUGGAUGGUCAUGAGGUGAGGUGCCCCACUUUCAAGAUGAACUUGCCUUGGUUCAGCGAAUGGAAGCAGAGCACCUCUACCAAAAUGAAGAUUGAAUCGUUAGCUUUAUUUGUGGCACGUACGUCGAAAUAUACAAUGGAAUGCGUCGUUUUCAUCAUUGUUUGUGAUGUGCUAUGGACAACCUGCAAGUGUCACCAUGCUUUCAUUGCCAAAAUAGCAUGCCCGUAACUCACUAACUACCUAACCGUCCAUCUUUAGAAUGUGGGAGGAAACUGGAGCACCCAGAGGAAACCCAAGCAGUCACAGGAGAACGUACAAACUCUUACCGAUGGCAACGGGAAUCAAACCCCCAACCUGUGAUCACUGGUCCUUUAAAGUGAUUGUGUUAACUGCUAUGCUACUGUCCCAUUCUACGUUCAUUCAUUAAGUACAAUGGGUCGAAGGACGUGAGUGAUCAUGAUCGUUCCAUGACCAUGAAUGUUCUUGGCAAAUUUUUCUACAGGAGUGGUUUGCCGUGCCUUCUUUACAGUGUCUUUACAAGACAGGUGACCCCAGCCAUUAUCAAUACUCUUCAUCUUAAAUAAAACCAACUCCCACAUUUUUAUAAGUUUGCUUCUCAGGACAAUGUUAAUGAUUCACUAGCCUAAAAGCCUAAUAGGUGAAGCAGACUUUGGGUAUAAAUAUGUUAAUGUAUUAAAGUUUAUUGAAGUUCCUGUUGAGGGUUAAAAGAGGUGAUAUGUUUGCCAAUGUGUAUUGUUGACUUUCAAAUACAGAUUCAGGAAUUUAGCAAUAUUUGUAUUUUAAAAAGAUCUAUAAGAAAAAGUUGAUUUUAUUAAAUUUAUCUGAAUAAUUUCAAGAUUCAAGUAAACUUAUUAUCAAAAAUGUAUAAAUUGUACACAUUGAGAUUUGUCUGUUUGCAGGGAGCCA